UAAUAAAUAAGCUAAAUGUAUCUAAUAGUUGCUGUACAUUUCAAUCUGUGAUAAUAUUCUGUAUGCAAAUGGAAAUAUAAAUAUCUUACUGUUAUAUUUUCCAAAUCACUUUAUUACCCAAAUACUAAUCAAAGUACAUAAAGCAUUUUAAUUUACCCCUUGAAAUAUAUAUUAUACUGUUUUAUAAUCAGUUUUUAUUAAAGGUUAUCUAAUAUGGAAUUACAGUGCAAAGUCCAGAAUUAUGACUGGGGUAAAUUGGGUCAUGAGAGCAAAGUCGCUAAAUUACUAUCUAGUGGUGAUACAAAUGCUCUAAUAGAUACUGACAAACCCUAUGCUGAGUUAUGGAUGGGAACACAUCCAAAUGGACCAUCUCUUAUCAUAGAAAGAAAUAUACUUCUUUCUGAAUACAUAAAAGACAAUGUGGAUGCUAUUGGUCCGUUGGUGCAGAAGAGAUUUGGUGUAUCUGUGCCCUUUCUCCUGAAAGUAUUGUCUAUUAAGAAGGCUCUUUCAAUACAGGCACAUCCUAAUAAGGAACAUGCAGAACAAUUGCAUGCUCUAUCCCCUGAGAUGUAUAAGGACCCUAAUCAUAAACCAGAACUUGCUAUAGCACUGACUCCUUUUGAAGCUCUUUGUGGUUUUCGCCCUAUAUAUGAGAUAAAGGAAUUUCUUUCUAAAUUGCCUGAACUGCAUGAAAUUCUAUCGAAGGAGUCUUUGGACAGUAUUUUAACAUAUGAAGAGGGAGAUUCUACAUUGGUACUAAAGAAAGUGUUUGACUCCUUGAUGUCUUGUGAUAAAGCUAUUGUUGCUAAAAGCUUGGAGAAAUACAUAAAGAGAUUAACUAGUGCAGAUGAGUCAAUCAAGAGUGCUCUGCUGUUUAAUACAUUACAAAAGCUCUAUUCUGAGUUUCCCGGAGAUGUGGGUUGCUAUGCUCCAUACUUCAUGAACCUCAUGCAUCUUCGUCCAGGCCAGGCGAUAUUCCUCAAACCCAAUCUCCCACAUGCAUAUUUAAGUGGAGAUUGUAUUGAAUGUAUGGCCUGUUCGGACAAUGUGGUGAGGGCCGGUCUGACUCCGAAGCAUAUUGAUCUGCCGACACUCAUCAACAUGCUGGACUACACCAGCUAUACUCCUGAGGAGAUGCUCUUCAAUCCUAAUAUGGAAGACGAGAACAGCUGUAUCUGGCGACCGCCUGUUCCUGACUUUGCUGUUGUUAAAAUUAAAGUGCUGAAUGGUGAUGCAUAUAAUACAAUAAUCCGUCCGAGUCCUAGUAUAAUAAUCUUCAUAUCUGGUGAGGGAGAGGCGUGUGACACAGAACCUGUCAGAGUUAGAGCGGGCACAGUGUUGUUUUUAAAAGCGAGCAGACAAUUGACCAUCACACCAGCAACGGAACAUCUGGAGGCUUACCAAGCUAUCUGCAAUGUAUAAAUUAUUUGAAUUUUACUGUAAAAUUGAACUGCAAACACAUGUAUAGACUUACAAAGUUAUUUGACCCGGUGGAUAUAAGUCAAAAUAAAUUAUGAUAGCUUCCUAGCGCCCCUAUGUCAAAAAAGUGUCAGAAGAUUCUUUUUCUAGUGUAGUAUUUAUGUUGUGUUUUUUUUUAUAUUCUAAUGUGACAAAAAGCAAGCGGCUGAAUACCCCUAAAUAGCAAAGAGAUGAUGCCCAUGGACAUCUCCAAUUGUAUCCGCACAACAUAGGAAAUAAUAUAUUUCCCCUUCCUUCAUAUUAUAUGUUUUUCUUUUGUGCCAUUUUCUAUGCCCGUGUAGAUUUUACAUAUUUUUUACAGUAUAAAGCAGUGCCUCUUGCUCCGGGUCAGUUAUACUUAUGACAUAUAAUGAGAGAGUUGACAAUAUGAAAUAUCAGUGCAAUGGAGUUCUAAGAAUAUAUAUACUUGAAAAUGUUCGAAAACAUUGGUAGUCGGAAUAUGUUAAAUGUUUUAUGUCAUUGUAUAUAUUAUAUCAAAUAAUAUCAUGUCAUAUUCCGUGACAUUUGGAAUUUUAUUUAGAGGUUAUUAUUUUUCAAAUUUAUAAAUUCCA